CACAUGCAUCCUCUUAUCAGCAACAUCAACAGCAUAAAAAGUACCAAUAUUUUGUAAAAAUUCUCCUUCAAAAGCUUCAAUUUUUCAAUAAAAAUUUAAUUAAAAUUACGAUUUAAUGCUUCGGAAUCUCUUUAACUAGGGCCAGACCAACUAGCACGUUUCAUUUUUUGGACAUUUUCCAGUAAAAUUCAUAUUUUCGCAACAUCUAAAUACGUAGAAUCGAAGCAUUGAUAACACGUUUUUUCGCUCUGAAAUAGGAAUUUGUGCAAUUUGCUGCGGAAAAGAGAUCUAAAUCAAACAAAAUGUCCGUCGACGACAAAAUAAAAAGCCUCGCUGAAAAACUGGACGAAGACAUAGAUAACUUCAUGGAAAAUCUACCCAAACGUCCGUACAAAGACGGCUGGCCCGAAGAUAAAUGGCAAGAAGAAAUGGAAAAACACCCUUUUUUCAUGACUAAACCACUCGAUGAAAAUGGAGAAUUACCACCGCUAAUCGAAGGCUUACAGCAAUUGAAAUACGACGAAAGUGAAAAUACACCCGAUGAAUUAGCCAAUACGUACAAAGAAGAUGGGAAUUUCAGUUUCAAAUUACAUAAAUACCGAGAUGCCAUAACAAAUUACUCGGCUGGAUUGAAAUGUAACUGUUCGUCAGAACUCAAAGCUACUCUGUAUAAUAAUCGUGCUGCGGCUAAUUACUUUUUGCAAAAUUAUCGAUCAGCGUUGGAUGAUAGUGAAAAUGCUGUCAAACUGAAUCCAAAUUACGUGAAAGCGAAAAUAAGAAUAGCUCAGUGUCACUAUUACUUGAAAAAAUAUGCAGAAUGUAUCGAAAUGUGUAACCAUCUGUUGACGUUAGAAGAUAACACAACCAUCGCCGAAUUGAAGAAAAAAGCUCUGACUGAAAAAAAAAUUCAAGAACGUGAUUUAAGAAAACAAAGUAAGGAUUCACAGAAGGCAUUAUCGGAUGAGAAAAAAUUACUCGAUGCUGUUAUGCAAAGGAAUAUAAAAUGUUCAUAUUCUUCUAGCAACCCAGAGUCUGUCGAAGCUAAAAAAAUUACCAAAAUUGACGAAUUGGCGCCGAGUUACAGUGAAUUACCAUUAAAACGAGUUUAUUUAGAUGGAGACGAACUUGUCUGGCCAGUAGCUUUUUUGUACCCCGUGUACAAUAUUUUCGAUUGCAUUCAACAAUUUGGAGAAAAUGAGACAUUCGAAGCACAUGUAAAUGAAAUGUUAUCUGAAACCCCAGAAUGGGAUAUAAGCAAGAAAUAUAAACCGGACAUGAUUAGUAUCUAUUUCCAAGACGAAACAAACAAGAAAUUCAAAAUCCGUAUAAAUGAAACUUUGAAAAAUGUUUUACAACACAAAAGAUUCAUGAUCACAAACGGGGUACCUCUAUUUUAUAUUUUACCUAAAGAUAGCACAGAAGAAAGAGAUUUUUUAACCAAUUAAAAUAUUUGUAUUCAAUACAAAAAUGUUCAAGUUAA